AUGGAUUAUACAACGAUGCAAACGAAAUGGAUAAAAUUCGGAGAGAUCCGUGACUUCGUAUUCGUUGGAAAGGAUAUCCUCGCAACAGCUUCCGGUUUGCACGUUCGUUUCAUCAAUGUGAACACAAGGGAGAAAAGAAUCGAAUUGUUCGACGAUCAAACUAGAGGCACUGGUAUAUCGAAUUUAUCGGGACACACGACUGUACCGGUGUUUUCCGUAGCAGAUAAACAAUCUAAUCCCACUAUUAGAAUAUUUACUUAUCCGAGGAUUCAUAAAAUCUCUUCCUGUACGAGCACAGAAGAAACGAACGGUUAUUUAUCAUGUACCUUUGCCGGUACAGAUUACUUUAUAGGAUUGACAAGUUUUCCAAAUUUUCAACUUGUCGUUUGGCUAUGGCAAACUGGUGAUAAAGUUUUCGUUAAAAAUACCAAAUUAGAGGAUUUCGUUCAAACUAUCGCAUGUUCGCCAUUUUCUCCUCACGCAAUAGCGCAAUUUGCACGAACCACCGGUAAACUUGCCGUUUAUCGAAUGUGUGUGUGUUCGAAAAUCGUCACCUUAUACCCGAUAGAAAUCAAAUCUCUCAAAAACAAAUUAACCUCCGUUUGUUGGACAAACGAUGGUAAUCUCUUGCUCUGCGACGAGUUUUCCAAAGUUUACUCGAUAAGCGCCGACGGUAGCAAUCGAAACGUUCUCAUAGAAAGAGAUUCGAACUCUCAAACAAUGCACGAUGAUCGUUAUCCUUUCGCUGUUGCUUUUAAAAAUGGCUUGUUUCUCGUUAAUACACGAAUAAGUGAAAUCGCAUUUUAUAGAAAAUCAUUUGUCAGAGAUUUGAAAGAAUCCUGGCAAAAAGUAUGGUCUCUAAAUAAUAACAAAUGCGAGCUACCCAUUCGAGCUAAAGCGCAUAAUCAAAGGGAUAGCCUAUUUCUUCAUGACGAGACCGGACGAAUCACGGAGAUUACUAUGUUACACGAUUAUGUUCCACGUUUUGAAAUUAUUUAUAUGGAUGGUAUCAAGUACAAAGAGAUUGUAACGAUAGGAUCACAAUUCUCUUAUUUGGUUGCUAUUGAUGAAUUUGAUUAUUUGAAUAUUAUCAAUUCCUCCACAGGACAAGUUGAGAAAAAACUUGCUUUGAAACUGCAUGGUCAAGUUGUUUGUGUUAAGACACAUCCGAACUUGCCGAUAAUUUCUACUAGCAGCAUUACAGGAAAUUGUUUGUUCAUCAAUGUUUCCACGAAUGAACCGAAAAUCUUAACGUGCUUUCAUUUGGACAAAAUUUCAUUAGAUAGAAUGAAAUUUUCUAGCGAAGGAAAAUUUAUGGGAAUUGCAAAUUCCACGGUUGGACGCAUAUUUGUCAUUGGGAAAAAUAUCAACAAUGGUGAUUUGAGUUUCGUUGGUGUACUCACGACAAAAAUCCAAAUAAUUGAUUUUCUCAUAUACGAUCGAAACGAUGACGUUAUAAAAAUCUUGAUUCUCCUUAUGACAAGGACAAAUGUUAUGACAGGAAAUAAAUUAAUAUUGUACGUAUGCAAAGUCAAAGAGAAUAUCGAAGAGAAAAUAGAAUGUAUAAUAGAUUUGUUAAAUCAUUUUAAAUCGUUGCAAUAUGGUCCAAGAAGAAAUGUAGAUAUUAUAGGUAUACCUUAUUUGUCUAAACAAUUGCAUCGAAUGGAGAUACAGAAUGAUUUUAACGAUCUCGUCCUAACGGAAGCAUUGCCGACGAUGCAUGAAUUAAAAAAUAUUGAAGUAUACGUAGAUCGUGAUCGUAUCAUGACUUUUGGAUACGACGGUCUGAUCGUAAUACGAGAUAAUAAGAAUAUUCGAAGGAUCCUUGCUAUUUUUAUGGCCCAUCAUCGAAACGAGUGUGGUAUUAGGUCAGCUACGACAAUCAACGAGACGAUCGUAUCGCUCGGAAAAAAUGGCGAUCUGAUAGCUAGCAAGUUAUGUCGUCACUACGUCGAAACGAUCUCGAUCGAAGCAGAUUCACGUUUCUUGAAUUCCUUCAACGUUGUCUUCGAGAUUAACAAUAAAUUGUACAAUGAAGGACGAGACACUUAUUUGGAGAAUGUUCAAAAAAUUCAAUGGGAACAAGAAAUGAGAGAAGGGACGUUAGCUCGACGAACGAUCCUGUUGGAAUUAAACAAAUUGAAGAACAAAAUUAAACUUUUGCUUGAUUCGAACGAAAAAGAAACGAUACACGCACGUUUACCGAUUUCUUCCUACGAUUUGGAUAUGGAAUAUAGAAAGUAUAAAAUUGAAAGGGCCAGAUUAGAACGUGAAGAAUUGAAAAAAUUUUACGACGAAGAAAUUGAAGCACGGAAUACCGCUUGUCAAUAUUUAAGAAAAACAUUUUGGGAUCGUGAACACGUUAACGCUUGCCAACUAAGAUCCAUAUUUAAUGACGUUAUUGUUAAAAAUUAUCCUUUGAGUAUAGUUAACGUAGAUAUAGAUGAUUUUCGAAUGUCGGAAGGAUAUUCGAUGGAGAUACUUGAUAUCAUUUCCAGACUGGAGGAAUAUCAAUCUUCUGAAAGUACUGUUUCGGAUAAUGAAAACGCGAAUAAAGUAACUGUCGAAAGAAAUAUGAGACACGAACUUAAUACGAUAGAUCGAUUUUAUGAAUCGGCAAAUAGUGACGAAAGAUUCCUCCUAUCAGGAACAAGCACUCACAAAUGGAUUAAAAAUGAGACAAUUAAAUUAACUCACCAAUUAAAACAAUCGCUCAAUGACCUUGAUAAAAUUAGCGUUAUUAGAAAUCGAGAGUACUUAUUGAUGGUAAGUGGUAAUGUGACGAAGCAUCUGAAAUUAAUUAUUCUCAUUACAUUGUGCAACAAACAAUUUGAUACCUACAAAGUUUUAAAAAUUAUUCUUGGAUAUAUAGUUAAGAAUCACUUCAACGAACGUUUCGAUGAAAUGAGAUUGUUAAAAGAACGAGAAGUGGAAGUGGCGAAGAAACACGAAGAGAGAUUAAAAUGUUGUGCUUCAGAGAUAAAUAUGAUGUUUGAAAAAAAGUGUGCAAUCGAGCCCUCGAUAAUACCGAUUUGGCAUCAUUCCGAAAUACCCGAUUAUGUCAUUACGAUUGAGAACAAUGAAUUGUCGACCAUACCUUACGUGCAUUCACAAAACGAAUCUAUUGACGAGGAGAAAGAAAAUUUCGAGGAAUCUAAUUUAAAAUUCUUUUCGAAGGAUUACGAUUUCUAUGCGGAAGCUUUAGAAAAGAUGAUGGAUGGUGUCUUAGAACUUAGAUGGGAAGAUGAAAUAAAAAAAGAUAUUCCCAAACCAACUUGUUUAUUGGAAAACAAACCACCCUUCAAGUUUACUUCGGAAGAUAUAAAAUCUAUCGAAUCGUAUAAAAUUAAAAUGGAACGUAUGCAAUCGGAACGAGAAAAAUAUCGAUCUAUUUUGGAAACAGAAAUGAAGGAAACAAAGGAUAAGAUAACGAAGAGCUUUAUGGCCUUUGACGAGAAACUAAAAAAUUUCGAGACAAUCAAGAUAGCUAUGGAUUCUUCGAUUCUUCAAGAGAAACUUGUAAGACUUCGAGAGUUACGUAGAUGUCAUCGUAUAUGCGACGAAAGUACCAAAAUCGCACGUUUCAAAACGGAACAAGUUGCUAGUAUCACGGAUAAGAUUCAUAAACUCGCGCAGGAUUGUUUGCUCUUUGAAACGAUCAUUAACGAGUUGAAAAAUCGAUACGAAAGUCUUGUUAAACGUGAUAAAGCCCUCGAAGGAAAGUUUCGUAGUGAGUUCGGUGAUCUGAAACAACAGAAGAUUGAACACUUAUUCAGGCAUUACAAAAAAAGACCAAGAAUAGGUAAUCUUGCUUGUACAUCUGUCACGUAUCUAACAGAACUCGGAAAAUGUGUAAUCACCAACGAAAAAUCCGAAAUUUUGCCGAUCGAGUGUACGAAUUUUCUUCGAAAUCUUCAAGCUCUCGAUUCUAUACCAGAUAACGUAUCAUCGUUGAUAGAUGAUACUCAUUGGAAAACUAUGUGUAAAUUGAGAAGAUCGAAGAUCGAGAUCGAAAUGAAGGUCAGAUGCUGUGUUGUAGAAUUGGCCGAAGCUGAGCAAACUUUGGCCUUCUAUUAUAGAAGCAAACUAACCGUGCAAAAUGAGUUACACCAAUCAAAAGCGGAAUUGGAUAAACAAGAAAUAGAAUUUUCUCAGUACGUCGAGGACAGGGAGAUACAGUUAGUGAUGAAGAUGAGACAAGUUGAGGUACCUAUUCAAGGUCAAGGUCUCGAUGAUUUCACGGACGUCGUUUUGAUAUCACGACGAGAAUUUCUCUCCAUGAACGAAGAAAUCAAGAAAGCUGAUGAACAAAAGUUGAAGGCUAUCAAGAAGUCUGUUGAUUUACGGAGGAGAAUAUCUUAUCAAAAAUGCCGACACGAGAGUCUACGAUAUUCAUUGAAGUAUCUUCAAGAGGAAUCAAAAAGCAUUAACGAAGUCAAAAUAACGAAGGAAUUACAGAAAUAUUUGAGGGAACUUCCGAUCGCAAAGAAUCCGUGGAAGGAGUACAAGGAAAUCGAAAGCAAUACGCGCGCCAUGGCAGAGCGAUACGAGAAACUAUUGGAUAUCGAAAGAGAACGACUCAAGAAAAUCACGAAAGAUAUAAUAUAUUGGCGAGAGAGUAACGAAAGAUUAACGAACGAAAUCGAAAGAAUUAAACUGAAAAAUCGAGAAUUUUCUUUUCAAACACAGAACUCUCCGAGAAAAAAAGAUAUUAACUUUCGUAGAAAGAAACUUGCCGUUGUUAUGAAAAGGACCGAACUAGUAAAGAAUAUUAAAGAAAAUUAUGAUGAACUUUUGACAUUGCACUCUCGCUUAGAGUCGCUAAGACUUCGAAUUUAUCCAACUCUUCGAUUCAAUAAAUCCCACUUGAUAUAACAAUUUUAAAUGCACUUUUUUCAUUGGCAUUGGCAUGCUUACAACUAACGAAACAAGAUGAAUGUUUUCUCGACACGAUAAUGUCGAACUGUAAUAUGUAAUCAAAAUUUCCAUGUUUAUCGUUAAGGUCAAUUAAGCUAUCGAUCUUCAGUAACCAAUAACAUUUUCUAAUUCUUCUUUUUUUUUCAUUCUUUCCUCAUAGAAUAGUAAUAAUAAAUGUUUUAUCUCAAUUUAAGAUAUAACGAUAAGAACAGAUAGGCGUCUGGGUUCUAUCUUUCUCUUUUAACUUUAAUUUAUUUAUAAACAUCUAAAUAUGAGACGUUAUUAUGGAAAGAGAGAAAAUAUAAGAAAUAAAGAAAGGUUUUCAAAGCCUUUGUUCUUGCAUAAACUUAAACGUACACGCACACGAAUGAAAAUCUAUAAAGUUAAAGAGGGGAUAUAAAAAGAGGAAAGAAAAAAGACUAUUAUUACGUAAGGAAGGACAUAAGUUUAUUGCACUCAAGUUAUUUCUCUGCCGUGAGAAGAAAGUUGAAUAGUAGAGAAAGAUGAUGAAGGGAAGGAGAAAGAAGAAGAAGAAGAAUCGAACAAAUAACCGCCGCUGAGUCAUGAGGAAUUGACUAAAAGAUCCUUCGAGAUUCUCACGUUACUACAUAGGAUCUUAACAAGAUAAGUUAAUUUACGCGUGCAUUCUCUUACGAUCAGGCUAGUUUAUCUACUUAUCGAUUGUUUGUUGAAGAAGUCAAAAGAAAAAAACAGAAAAAAUAAAUAGAAAUUUCUUACAGGAAAAUGACGGAAUAAAUAUUCGUAGAAACACGAUAAAGAGGAAUAAUAGAUGAUAUAAAAUAAAAUGAAAUAGAAGACGAUAACUGUUGAUCUUUCGUAACCUCGAAUACAUUCGAAGUAAAAAUUCUAUAUGCGUAUCAUUAAAAAAACAAGGAAAACUCGCUUUUAGAUCUUCGAUGAAACAUCGUGCAUUUCAAACCGCACCUCGGACAUCACCUUGAAUUUUAUAGUUCUCUCUUUCUCUCUUUCUCUCUCUCCC